GUUAAUGCAAUUGAUGAAUUCCACCAAACUACCAAAAGGGUGUCUAUAAAUUACAACCCAACCCCAAAUUAAAGAAACAUCUAUAGCAUCGAUCUUAUUUUACUCGGAGGAGAAGAAGAAAAAGAAGAAGAAAAUGGCAGUGAUCUCACGCUCAUCAUCACUUUUAGUGUUGUCCCUAAUGCUCUUCUGCUCCAUGGCGGCGGCGGCGGCGUUAGGCAGGCCAGGCGGGUGGGUGCCGGUGGACCCGAAAAGCGCGGAGGCGGUGGCGGCCGGGAAGUUCGCCGUGGGGGCACACAACAAAGCAGAGAAUGAUAGCUUAAAGUUCGAAGAGGUGAAGAGCGGAGAGGAGCAGGUGGUGGCGGGCAUCAAGUACAGACUCGUCGUUGACGCAAGAGGCGGCGGAGACGGCGGCGUUCGUUCUUACGAGGCUGUCGUGUGGGAUAAACCCUCCCCCAAAUCCUAUCAACUCAUUUCCUUCAAGAAAUUAUAAAAUUAUAUUCGAUCUAUAAUAUAAUUAUAUACUCUAAAGUGUAAUGCAUGCAUGCAUAUAUAUCAUCAGCAUUAUAUGCAUGUAGCCAUCAUGUGAUCGGCAUUUUCUCCUUCAAAUUAAUAAUGAUUUUUUUUCAUAAAAAUAAAUCUUUGAUCUCCGUUGUGGGGUACUUUUAAAUUUAAGUAUCCACCUUUUUAACCACACUUGGUUCAUAUAUUGUAUAUUUAAACUUAAUUUGAAUGAAAUAUUUAGAAAUAUUUGCACUAAAUAGCAUUAAAACUUAAGUCAUUUC